CCCGGCCCCCCCGGCCACAACGGGCUCCCCGGCCGCGACGGCAAGGACGGCCGCGACGGGGAGAAGGGCGAGAAGGGUGAGCAAGGUGAGAACGGCCCCAAGGGCGACAGCGGCCAAAUAGGUAUCCAAGGAAUUCCAGGCUCAAGAGGCUUCCCCGGAGCCCCGGGGAUCAUGGGGAUGAAAGGGGAGAAGGGGGAAGGUGCCUACGUUCACCGCUCCGCCUUCAGCGUGGGGCUGACAGGCAAAGUCCCCCACCCCAACGUGCCCAUCCUGUUCAGCAAGAUCUUCUACAACGAGCAGCAGCACUACGACCCGACCACGGGCAAGUUCCGCUGCAGCAUCCCGGGCAUGUACUACUUCGCCUACCACCUCACGGUGUACACGGCGGACGCCAAGGUCAGCCUGUACAAGCAGGACAGGCCCGUGCUCUUCACCUUCGACCAGUACCAGGCGAACAACCUGGACCAAGCGAGCGGCUCCGUGCUGCUCCACCUCGACGCCGGGGAGGAAGUCUGGCUCCAGGUGUAUGGGGAAGGGGAAAGCAACGGCGUCUACGCUGACAACCUCAACGAUUCCACCUUCAUGGGAUUCCUCCUCUAUCCGGACCUGGAUGUCCAUUAA